UACAGAGAGGAGAUGGGCGUCUCCAGGCUAGCCGUUGCCGACAAGGUGGAAUUACUGAUGCGUCGGUGGCGCUAUCCUUCGCUCUCUAUCCAUGGCGUCGAAGGUGCCCACUGGUCGGCCGGCGACAAGGCUGUCAUACCGGCCCGGGUGGUGGGCAAGUUCUCUAUACGCACGGUGCCAAACCAGAAGGUGCACAAGGUGCGCGAGUGCGUCGAGAAGCACCUGCAGGACCAGUUCACCAAGCGGGGAAGCCCCAACCAAGUCAAGGUCAUCAUGUCGCACUGUGCCGAACCUUGGUUCAUUGAUCCCAGCGGACCGAACUUUCAAGCCGCCGAGGCCGCUGUGAAACAUGCGUACGGCGUGGUGCCCGAUAAGACCCGUGGUGGCUUCACGGUGGGCCCGGCGAAGCUUAUGCAGGACAACGUGUGUCGGGACGUGGUCGUCAUGUCCAUCAACCCGCCCGGCUGCGGGUUCCACUCGCAGAACGAGAGCGUCGGCGUCGCCGAUCUCGUCUCCGGGGCGAAGCUGUUCGCUGCUUACAUGCACGAGCUGUCCAAGCUGAAGUAACGAGACUCCCGGAAGAACGAAUGGACCGUCAUCUGGCACCACUACAGUGCGACGGACUUCAACUCGCGUUCUCCUGGGCGCAGGAAGCCAUAUUUUAAGCGGCCAUUUUGCCUAUGAGCUCGUCGAAUUAAGAACAGCGGUGACGCUUUCAUGUUAAGAAACUGUCUUUGCCGGUGACCAAAGGAAUUUUUCAUUUGUGCACGGCAUUUCCUUUCCUGUGUGCGUGCGUAUUGUGCACCCUCAUUGAGUUAAUAUAGGGUUCGUGUGGCUAAGCAAUCUUCCUUGGCGACAAUUACAUAAAUAUUUUGUU